UUUGUGUCAUGUAUAGAGAACUAUAGAAGAAGAGGACAGGAACUAUAUGCUUGUUUAUUCAAAGACCAUGUACAGAGGCAGAAAUGUGGCAAUGUCAAGGCAGCUAACGCCUGGGCCAGGAUCCAGGAGCAGCUUUUUGGGGAGAUGGGCUUGUGGGGCCAGGAGGCAGAAGCCACACCCUACUCCAGGUGGGAACUCGACUGGAGAGAAGGACCUGCUCGCAUGAGGAAGCGCAUCAAACGCUUGUCUCCACUGGAGGCCCUGAGCCCAGGAAAGUACAAGGAAAACCAAGACAAAAAUGAUAAUAUUUCUCAAACAAAUGUUGAAAACCAAGAUGAACUGACACCAAAGGAGCUUGAGAGUGAGCCAGAUGAGGUGGCAGUGGACUGCACCCAGCUGACAUUCUUCCCUGCUUUACAUGAAAGUCUGCACUCAGAAGAUUUCUUGGAACUGUGUCGGGAGAGACAAGUUAUUUUACAAGAGCUUAUUGAUCAAGAAAAGGUAACACAGAAGUUCUCCCUGGUGAUUGUGCAGGGCCACCUAGUCUCGGAAGGUGUCCUUCUCUUUGGCCAACAGCACUUCUACAUCUGUGAGAACUUCACACUGUCUCCCACAGGCGAUGUCUAUUGCACCCGCCACUGCUUAUCCAAUAUCAGCGACCCGUUCAUUUUCAACAUGUGCAGCAAAGACAGGUCCGCUGACCAUUACUCGUGUGAGCGCUAUGGCUAUGGAGACAUGCGGGAGCUCCAGCAGGCCCGCUUCCUCCUGCAGGACAUUGCCCUGGAGCUCUUUUUCCGAAAUGGAUAUUCCAAGUUUCUUGUUUUCUACAACAGUGAUCGGAGUAAGGUCUUUAAAAGCUUCUGCUCUUUCCAACCUAGCCUGAAGGGGAAAGUUGUCCCAGAGGAUCCCCUCAAUCUAAGGAGAUACCCUGGCUCCGACAAGACAAUGCUGCAGAAGUGGCAGAAAAGGGAGCUCAGCAAUUUUGAGUAUCUUAUGUACCUCAACACCAUGGCUGGGAGGACCUACAGUGACUACAUGCAGUACCCAGUAUUCCCCUGGGUCCUCGCGGACUACACCUCAGAGACGUUGAACUUGGCAAAUCCCAAGACUUUCCGGGAUCUUUCAAAGCCCAUGGGAGCUCAGACCAAGGAAAGGAAGCUGAAAUUUAUCCAGAGGUUUAAAGAAGUUGAGAAAACUGAAGGAGACAUGACCGUCCAGUGCCACUACUGUACUCACUACUCCUCGGCCAUUAUUGUUGCCUCCUACCUCGUCCGGAUGCCACCCUUCACUCAGGCAUUUUGUGCUCUGCAGGGCGGAAGCUUCGAUGUGGCAGAUAGAAUGUUCCACAGUGUGAGGAGCACAUGGGAAUCUGCCUCCAGAGAAAACAUGAGUGAUGUCAGGGAGCUAACCCCGGAGUUCUUCUACCUGCCUGAGUUCCUUAUCAACUGCAACUCUGUGAAGUUCGGCUGCAUGCAGGACGGGACAGCACUGGGGGACGUGCAACUCCCUCCCUGGGCUGAUGGGGACCCUCGGAAAUUCAUCAGCUUGCACAGACAGGCUCUGGAAAGUGACUUUGUCAGUGCCAACCUUCACCAUUGGAUAGACCUCAUUUUUGGGUACAAGCAGCAAGGGCCAGCUGCAGUGGAGGCCAUUAAUACCUUCCAUCCCUACUUCUAUGGUGAUAAAAUGAACCUCAGCAGCAUUGUUGAUCCACUGAUCAAGAGCACUGUCCUGGGUUUUGUCAGCAACUUUGGACAGGUGCCCAAACAGCUCUUUACUAAACCCCACCCAGCCAGGACCAUAGCAGGGAAGCCUCCACCUGGAAAGGAUGUCUCCACACCUGUGAGCCUGCCUGGCCACCCACAGCCCUUUUUCUACAGUCUACAGUCUCUGAGGCCCUCCCAGGUCACGGUUAAAGAUAUGUACCUUUUCUCCCUAGGCUCAGAGUCUCCCAAAGGGGCCAUCGGCCACAUUGUCCCUACUGAGAAGACCAUCUUGGCUGUGGAGAAGAACAAGAUACUGUUGCCUCCUCUCUGGAACAGGACCUUCAGCUGGGGCUUUGACGACUUCAGCUGCUGCCUGGGAAGCUAUGGCUCUGACAAGAUCUUGAUGACAUUUGAGAACUUGGCUGUCUGGGGCCACUGUCUGUGUGCUGUGUGCCCUUCACCUACCAUGAUUGUCACCUCUGGGGCCAGCACCGUUGUGUGUGUGUGGGAGCUCAGCAUGACCAAAGGCCGCCCCAGAGGCUUGCGCCUCAGGCAGACUUUGUACGGUCACACACAGGCGGUCACAUGCCUGGCAGCAUCGGCCGCCUUCAGCCUCCUGGUGAGUGGCUCCCAGGACUGUACCUGCAUCCUGUGGGAUUUGGACCACCUCAUCCAUGUGACCCGCCUACCUGCCCACCGGGAGGGCAUCUCAGCCAUUGCCAUCAGUGACAUCUCGGGCACCAUUGUCUCCUGUGCUGGAGCCCACUUGUCCCUAUGGAAUGUCAAUGGACAGCCCCUGGCCAGCAUCACCACAGCCUGGGGUCCAGAAGGAGCCAUAACCUGUUGCUGCAUGAUAGAGGGGCCAGCAUGGGACACAAGCCAUGUCAUCAUCACUGGAAGUCAAGAUGGCAUGGUCCGGAUUUGGAAGACUGAAGAUGUGAAGAUGUCUGUUCCUGGGCGGGUAGCAGUAGAGGAGCCUCCAAGCCCAAGAGGUCACAAAUGGGAGAAGAACCUUGCCCUGAGUCGAGAGCUGGAUGUCAGCGUUGCUUUGACUGGGAAACCCAGCAAGAACAGACCUGCCGUGACGGCUCUGGCCGUGUCCAGAAACCAGACCAAACUCCUGGUUGGCGAUGCAAAGGGGAGAAUUUUCUGCUGGUCUACAGAUGGCUAGGAAGAAAGAGGCAGUUGGGGCUCUGGCAUAGCAACACCAGGUGGAAGACAGCAGAAGUGACAAAGCGUCUAGACUCUGUCUGCAAAGGAAAUCUGCAGGACCUCCCCUCAUGGCUCUCUAGGAAGGAGCUUCUGGCAAUCGAGGCUGUGCACCCCAACCCUCUCCAUGGCCCAUGGGACUUUUGUACAAAGGAUGACAGCGCACAUUCCAGGGUCUGCAAGCAGCAUG